AAAAAAACAACUGAUCGUAAGUUUCUCUUCCGAUAAAAAAAUGUAAAAUUACAAAACACAAUAAAUUACUCGAAUGUCGUACAAGAUACAACCAAAAAUGUGUUACUGAACCUGACACACACACACCCACACACACCCACCUACACCCCGUCGUUAUUCGUUCGGCGAUGGUCGGGCCAGGCGACGACGAGGGUAAGCGCCGCUCGCGAACACGUUGGGCGAGCGUAUAGACUUCACCGUUGUCGCUGUCGAUUACGGUCCGCCGAUGCGAACGGAACUCUGACGACAACCACCGAAUGACGAAUCGGAUCGUCUCGCGAGAUCCAAAUAGUCGUGAUACCAUUGUUAUGUCGUGAUUGUUGGUUAUCGUUGUUGAUAGAUUUCAAUUAAAUCGUUUCAUUAUUAUUAUUAUUUUUCGACGGAUUUGGUGUCCGAUGAGGUGAAGCCAGACGGAUACUGUUACUGCGGCCGGUUCUGAGGUGUCCGUAUAUUGGAGGAAGAAAUGGCAUAUUAGUAUACGAUCUUGGAGAUGACGAAUCUGGGAUUUAACGACACAUUGCGUGACAGAAACACUUCCGCGUGGCGACAACUGAUAAGAAAAUCCGCCGUGACACUACCGUUGCCAUAGGAUUUGUCAUUUGUGCACAGCCAUGGAUCUUCAUUUAACUAAAUAAGAGCAAACACGUGCAUUUUGGACAACACAUUGAAUUCUGAACGCUUAGUGGAUUUAAGGGUUCGCGAUGAACUCGUCGUCGACCGGCAAUGACACGGCCAAAGAUUCCACCAACGCCACUACAACCAGUCCACACGAUUUAUUCAGAGACAGACACCUCACUGACUACUUGUUGAUAGUGCUAUUCUGCCUUGUCAUAUUGACAACGGUGGUUGGCAACACGUUAAUUAUAUUCGCCGUGUUUACAACCAGACGACUUCGGACGGUAACGAAUUAUUUUGUGACGUCAUUGGCCGUUGCCGAUUGGCUUGUAGGAACAUUCGUCAUGCCAAUAGCCGUCGUAUACCAUGUUACAGGCGAAUGGACGUUUGGACGUUUGAUAUGUGACAUUUGGGUUUCGCUGGACGUGUGUCUUUGUACUGCGUCGAUACUCAGCCUUUGCGCCAUAUCAAUCGACAGAUAUUUUGCCAUCACCAAACCUCUGCGGUACUCAAAAAAACGGAGAUCCAAAAGACUCGCGUCGCUCAUGAUACUGGUCGUAUGGUUGGUUUCAUUGGUCAUAACAUGUGCUCCCCUUUUUGGAUGGUACGACAAAAAUCGACACAAUAACAACAGCUGUACCUAUAACCAAAACAAGGUGUACGUAGUGUUCUCGGCAAUGGGAUCAUUUUUCGUGCCACUGGUAGUCGUCGUCUACGUGUAUUUAAAAAUAUCCUGCGUAAUCGCGGAAAGGCACAACAAACUCGAAGCCCUCAAUGGACAAAAAUUGAAGAUAUCCCGUUACAGUCACGAAUCGAUGGAAAGACCGUCGGUGGAAAUGGAUGAAAUCGUGCGCGUCAGCUAUAAUGUCAGUUUGCGCAGAGGUGACGAUUGCCGGGUUUCGCUGAAGCGCGAGAACAAAACGGCGCAGACGCUGUCCAUCGUCGUCGGCGGAUUCAUCGCCUGCUGGUUGCUGUUCUUCAUCGUCUACCUGAUCACGCCAUUUUUGCCUGCGACGGCCAUACCGGAGGACAUGAUGAAGUGGCUCACGUGGCUUGGUUGGAUCAAUUCAGCCAUCAACCCCUUCAUAUACGCAUUUGUCAGCCAGGACUUCAGGAUGGCAUUUUGGCGGUUGACGUGCAGCUACUGCACCGGACACAAGCCCAACCAGAACGCGCCACAUAACCGGUUCGUGAUCAGAUACAGUCAUUAUUCGAGGAACCAAGUCUAAAGAAAUACGUCGAUCGACAGUCGCCGAUACCACCAUACCACGAUAUGUCAAUGACUUAAACGUCUUAAAAGAUAAUAUAAUUUAUACUUUAUUCGGUGUAAUCUCGUUAAAACGUUGAUACCCACGCGUAAAACGAAUUUUUUCUUGUUGAGACGUUGAAACGAAAUGUGUUUUUUAAUGUUUUUAUUGUGCAGAAAUAUUAUUAUAUUGUAUAAUAUUUACUAUAGUAUAGUAAAACGAAAUUUCCUGUUUAAAUAUCAUCAUACAGUAAACUACAGUUUCGCGCGUCUUGUCUUACUUACCCAUUGCAUUGCUUUUUACUAUUGUGGUUCAUAGGCUUAUAGGUAUUAAUUUUUUUAAUUAUUAAUAUUUCAGAUGUCUCACAAUAAUAUUUGUCGUUGAUCGAUGUAAUAAACCGUAUUCAUAAAGUAUUUAAAAUUUUACUGCUACCAUUUAAAAAAAAUUUUAAUAGAUUUUUAGAAAAUAUUUUUUACUGGGUAAUAAUUUAACUACACACUAUUUUUUACCAUCAAACAUUAUUCAUAAUCGUUUAUCUUUGAGUUAUUCAUUACUGUCUAUAUUAGAGGAGUCUUAUCAGCAUCUAUUUACAAAAACAUGUAUAACUGUAUAAAUCGGAUAAAUUUUAAACAGGAACUUUUUUUUCUGCCCACGAGGUUUUACUGUAUAUAUAAUAUAGUAACAAUAUGCAGUAUAUUUAAGUAGAUACCUAGUCAUAUUUAUGUAUAUAUGUUUUAUGUGUGUAUUUGUACGAUAUAGUGGACGCAGGGUUUGAUCGCCGACUUAACUAUUAUAAUAUAAUACUAUAAUAUAGCACACUUGGUACCACUCGCUGGCCUCGAGCCAUUUUUUAAUGGAUUUCCGUGCCACAUCCGCUCCAGCUGAGUCGAUUCGUUGACCGUCAUGCAUUACUACUAUUAUAAUAAUAAUAAUAAUUAUAAUAUAUAUAAUUAUUAUUAUUGUUAUUCUUAUUAUUGUUAUUAUUAUUAUUAGUAUGAUAGUAUUAUUAUUUUUAUUGUUUGGUAUGUCUUAUUUUAUAGUGGUAUAAAAAGUCGACGUACGCAAUAUUGUAUUUAUAAUCCGAACCAGAAGAGUCGGAAAACUACAUCAGGGCAGCAGUGUCAAUUUCGUAUAUACACGCAGUUGAAUAAUUUACGGAAAAUAAAAACGAAACCAAAACUUACGCUAUAAUAUGCAGUAUAAUACCUAUAACGUAUUUCUAUGUUCGAGCACUAAAACCAUUUUUUUUAAAUUAACUAUUCUGCGCUAAUCACUAAUUUAAUCACAAAAUUAUUUUUAAAAAAAUACACUAAACUAUGUAAAUAUUUUUACUCAGUCUCAAUAAAUUUUGGUAAAUUUUUGUCUUACUGUAAGUUAUAGAUUGGAUUACAUUUUAACUCGUCGAACUUCAAGGCCCUUACUUCAACUUCGGUUGAAGUAACAACGGUUCUCUUUUCGACUAAGUGCUAAAUAUAUUAUAAUAUAUUGCUUUUGUUUUAAUCGAUUUCUAUUAGGUAUGGUAUUGUAUUGUAAUUUUUGCUUACAAAUUGUUAUUAUUAUGAAGAAAUUAAAUGUCACUGAUCGUGGCGUAGGUAAACGCGUUGGUCUUGCGUGUAAACAAAUAUAAUAACAUUUUUGAUUUGCUGACAAAACAUUUAAUGAGUUCGUCUCAUAAACGUUUAUGUCUAAAUAACGACCAUUCAAAAUGAAACAAACAAAAUUGAUUAUAUUGACAAUGAAUAAUGAAUAGGAAUUCAGACGUUAAGAUAUUAACUCACAAUAAACACUUAACAACACAGUUUCGCAAAAAGCAAUACAACUUUCGUAGAUUAUUAUUAUUAUUAUUAUUUUAUUUCGUUAUAUAAUGAUAUAUAUAGGCACGUAUUGUGAUAAAAAGUAUAAAAUAAAAUUCGCUUUCAAACACAUUUAUUCGCCCUUUGCACGUUUAUUCGUUUUCCGUUUUAUAUUAUGCUAACCAAAUACUUUUAGUGAACGAUAAGCAUACUUAUAUAAUAUAAGUUAUAAAAAUGUAAAUGUAAAGAUCACCCAAAGACGUUUAUGUAUAGUUAUAUAAGCAUUAAGCGCACACAAUAAUAAUAUACGGAAAGGUUUCAUAUUAAUUACCCUCGCUAAACAUAUAUUGUACGUCAAGUCAAAGUGACAAAUACUCUUUGAACAUAAAUAAAUUAUUACUUAUACAUUUUCCAAUUUUAGACUUGACACUUUUACACAAAAAUAAUUUGAUUGAAAUCCGUUAUACAUUAAAAAUACGU